AUGCUGAAAGACUUUAUAUCACCUUUUGAUGCCACUGUUGUCAAAAUCCUUCAGGACAGCGGCGCAGAUAUCAUUGGAAAGACUAAUUGCGACGAAUUUGGAAUGGGCUCUCUCAACAUUCACUCUACUCAUGGGCCAGUAAAAAAUCCUGUGGGUCUCUACCAAGUCAACGGUCUCGUAGAAGAAAGGUCUGCGGGUGGAAGUUCUGGAGGGAGUGCCGCUGCAGUCGCCGCAGGAAUAUGUAAAGCAGCUUUAGGAACUGACACUGGAGGAUCCGUUCGGCUCCCUGCUUCGUACUGUGGCAUUGUUGGCCUCAAACCUUCCUACGGGCUCGUCAGCAGGUGGGGUGUGAUCUCUUAUGCGGAUAGUCUUGACUGUGUGGGUGUUUUGGCAACCGAUGUUCAAACUACCAAACAAGUAUUCGAUCAAAUUGCGUUAUACGAUGAACUAGACCCAACAUCCGCACCCAAUGAAAUUCGAGCAAAAGCAUUCAAACAUAUUGAAGAAAGAACGGUGCAUAAGGAAGGUGCAGUUGGCAUUUUGAAAGGGCUUCGGGUUGGUAUACCACAAGAAUAUUUUCCUUCAGAAAUGUCACCUUCAAUCAUCCAACAUGUUCGUCGAGUGAUCUCAAAGUUGAAGGAACACGGCGCCGAAGUGAUAUCAGUAUCACUUCCAUCGACAUCCUAUGCCCUCAGCUCGUACUAUGUACUAGCUACCGCCGAAGCCAGUAGCAACCUGGCACGCUAUGAUGGUGUUCAAUAUGGAUCAUACGUCAAACCUCCCCCAGGAACAGAACUCACCAAAACGUCUAAAAUAUAUGCACAUACCCGAACAACCAAUUUUGGGAAAGAGGUCCAAAAACGUAUCUUACUUGGCACUUAUGCGCUUUCUGCUGAGUACGCACAGAGAAUACGUCAAUUAAUCUGCGAUGAUUUCAAUGGCGUCUUUGCCAUCCCAAACUAUUUCUCUGACCUGAUUGAACGACAACAAGAACUUAAUGGCCAAUGUGUCGACGUUCUUAUCCACCCCUCAGCCAUCCGCACUGCUCCCCUCCUUUCCGAGGCUAAAACGACCGGGCCUAACUUAGACACAUAUCUUCAAGACGUUCUUACAGUUCCCGCUUCUUUGAGUGGUUUACCGGCCUUAUCCAUUCCCGUCAAUAUAGACAAUGAUGAACACACAAAGCUUCAAAAUGAAAUACGAUGGCCUAUUGGAAUCAGCAUCGUUGGCCAGUGGGGUACUGAUCAACUAGUCUUGUCAGUGGGAGCAGCUAUGGAAGCACUACAACACUAA